AUUCAUUCAACUUUGUGCCGCUCGAGCGUGCGUAUAUAGUUCCCUCUCAUCAGUAACAGUAUCAGUAACAACAUCAGUAACAUUUCCUUCGCGAGUACCUUCAAAAGAGAUACAAAUCGAUCUAUCCAUUCUGCGGACAUACGAAAAUCGCACGAAACUCAGCUAUAGAAAUCGGUUAGCCUCUACUCGAGUCCGAAGAACGCGUAACUCCAGUGCAUCCCAUUGGGUGUCUGCCUUAAAGUGCGCCAUAAACUAAAAGCCAAACCUAAACGUCGGCGGAGAGGAGAAAUAAAUAACGCCCACCGAAACGCAACACCACCUACUGGUCACCCGUGGCAAACGAGAAGGGGGUGGAGAGGCGAAAUCACGGAGCAGCGAUAUACGGGCCAAAAAGAUAAAGCCGCCAGGACAGGGGAAAGUGGUAGAGGAAGCGACGUUGCCGCUCUUCACCGACCAAUCAGCCAAGAAGGCAGCAAUUAAGCGCGGUGUUAUCUGAACAGAUAGCGAUUAGAGGCGAGAAAAUAGACCCCAUUGAGUGGAAAAGCCCCAUUGCCGAGCCAAAGAGCGCGCUUGAGAGGCCGGAAAGGCGGGAGUCAGCCACACACGAAUCCCCAUUUGACGAGAGCGGGAGCACCCAGCCGGGAGAGCCCCGAGCAGCGCCACAUCGCCGCACUUCGAGCACCCCACUCAAGCACUCAACCUCCAGCGCCGGGCACCAGUACACAUACCGCCUGUCAAAAUGUUUGCUGUAAUGCGAAUCGACAACGAUGACUGCCGGUCCGAUUUCCGCCGCAAGAUGCGUCCGAAGUGCGAGUUCAUUUGCAAGUACUGCCAGCGGCGAUUCACCAAGCCGUACAACCUGAUGAUCCACGAGCGCACCCACAAGUCCCCCGAGAUCACCUAUUCGUGCGAGGUGUGCGGCAAGUACUUCAAGCAGCGGGACAAUCUGCGCCAGCACAGAUGUAGUCAGUGUGUUUGGCGAUAAGCUAAAAUACCACAUAAACAUAUAUAUAAAUAUAUAUAAAACCACACACAGAGCAAUAUAUAAAGUAAAACCGAUAUCUAAGCACCGCAGCACCAACAACAGCACGCAAUAUCACAGCUAUAUCUUACACACACAUAAUGAAUGAAUGGGAUCUGAUGAGGCAACUGCAACACACACCGCCUACUUCUUCAUGCACCACUCUCUAAACAUAUAAAUACCUGCAACAGCAGCAACUGCAACAUUGCUUAAACCACUAGAUGCAAUCUACAGCCACGACAAGCGAUUAUAGUGAACGGAAUGCUACGUUCAGGUGUUGGUUUUCAAUCUAUUCGGUUAUCUGGUCUAUACAAUGCACUUGCCACGCCCCCAUCAACAGCAGACAAACACACAUAUGCAGAUGUUGCGCAGGCGCAGCACAACAGCAGCAGUUGCAGCAUAUGCAGCAGUGGCAACGGUUGCAACAGUUGCAAAGCACAUUGCAACAGCAGCCUCCACAUUUUCAAUAAUAUUUCCAGAAAUCUUCACAUGGACACUUGUGGGCGUGGCUGCUUCGGAAAGUGAUGAAGGCAGCCCCCUUAGGCAGCCUGCAACUUGCAACAUCU